AUUAUUUUAUUUGAGUUGAGAAUACAAUUUUGAUGGUUAACUGCAAAGUAAUACCUCUGGUCAGUAAUAGUUGCUCAUAAUUGAUAAGAAAUAUAUUCAGAAAUGAUAUCGCUAAAUCUCAGUCUCAGUCGAUACUGUAUCAUCCAUGAGAUUUUACGUGGACAUUCGGGUGAAUUUUUCAUUUUUGUUUUGUUUUUUUAAUGUUAUCUGUAUAUAAACGUGGUUCAUCACUUGACUAGGACUUGAUUAGUCUCAAUCGGCUCAGAUCUAGCCACAACCAUUAAUGUGUUUUCCUAAGUCUAGGAUGACUAAUUUUUUGAAAAUAUGUAGAGUGAUUUUUUAGUUGAAAAUGUGGACAAGUUUUAAUAGGAAAAAGUGUAGUGAAUGUACUAUUUGCUAAUUUUCAAAUCCAUUUAAGUAUGUGUUUUGUUAUAGAUGACAUGUUAAAGUGUCCCAUAAUGAAAUUUUACACAUUCAUAAAAUACAUCUAUGUGUGUGUGUGCGCCCGCGUGUGUAUGUGAAAUUGUUUUCAGAAGUUCUUGACACUUCAUAAUAAGUAGAUUUCGUCAAAACAGGGCUAGCUGCAUGGACUGAACACGAAAACAUAUUUCUGUCAUUGUCGUGAAGGAGCUUUAUUUUUAUUUUUUAAAUUUACUUGAAUUUAAUAAUAUAUCACUCAAUAAUUAUUUUACGCAUUGUUAUUUUGCAAUACAUCCACGAUGAUGUAAUGUGGUCCUUUGUUCUGCUUAAUUCAUAGGCUGAAAGCUUCAUUUUGCCAAUUUUAAUCAUGUUAAAUCUCUAAAUAAAUACCAUUUGCCAUCUAAGAUGAAAAUUGUAACCUUUUGUUUUUGAAACUUGAAGCUAGCAUAUUAUUUAGUUGUGCCGUGGGAUUCAGCCAAUUGGGAGCUUGUAAUUUUAGAGGAGAAAGUUUUUUAUUUAUUUAGAGAGGAGAAUUAGGAGUUGAAAUGCGGCUGUAUCAUUCGAUUUACAUCUAGAAGAUUUGUGAAUUGUGAAGAUGGUCUACGUCUUUUUUUUAGGGAAAAGAUGUUCUACGUCUUGUAGGUAGACCGCGUCGAUAUUGGAGCAGACGGCAAUGGCUCCAUGAGGACGCGUGAAAAGGUCAAAGAGCACAGCCCGGUCUUCAGAUGUUCAGUAUGACCAAGUACAUACCAGCUGCCUAGCUUGUGUUCCCACGUAGAACAUUCAAAGUCUGGGCAUAUUUCCACCUACCACACAUGUUUCAUCAACUGACCUGGGUAUAGCCUGUACUGUAUAUAUACCCAGCACAAGCACUUACGGAAGCAAGUCAAGCAACACAAUCUCAGCUUGAGGAUCAACACAGCACCGGGCUUACACUUCCUCUGCUAGCUCUCGUUGCCUUCCUUCAAGUUCCAACUGCAAUGGCUGCCAUGAGACUCAGCCUCCUCAUCAUGGCCGUGAUGGCCGUCCUAAGCACCACGUCGGCGGCAAGCUACAACGUUGGCGAGCCGGGCGGUGCGUGGGACCUCAACACCAACUACGGCACCUGGGCGUCCUCCAGGAAGUUCCAACCCAGCGAUCAGAUCGUCUUCAAGUACUCCCCUCAGGCGCACAACGUCCUUGAGGUUAGCAAGGCCGACUACGACUCGUGCAGCACCGUCAACCCUAUUGCGACCCUCAACUCAGGGAACGACAUCGUCACCCUCACCGCCGUUGGCACCCGCUACUUCAUUUGUGGGUUCCCUGGCCACUGCACUGGUGGCAUGAAGGUCAAGAUCGACGGCGUGCCUGGCUCCUCCUCGCCAUCACCCGCCCCGGCCAGUGGCCCCAAUGCAAGCAACGCUCCUCCAACCACGCCUGUCUCUACCGCCACCUCCGUGAAGGCCACGGGGUUUGGCUUCGCCAUCCUGCUUGCCUUUGUCGGUUUCAUGGCUUGAGUACAUCUGUAUAGCCCCACGCACAUACCUAAUUUAUGUAAAGUCAAAUAAUCAUUCCUAGUAAAUAUAUGUGUGUAUAUUCCACUAAUUGGAUACACGACUUUGAGUUUCUUUUAAUUCAUUUUUGUUGAGAACGAAGAGCCGAGUGAAUCAGCUCCUCUGUUGAGCGACAUGUACUAUGAUUAA